AUGUCCAGUUACUUCAAUUCUAAGGGCCAGUUCUACACCGUAUUAGGAACUCCGGAAUCAAUUGACGAUGACAGGGUUAUAGUGUUUCUACAUGGGUUGGGUUCAUCCCAGAACUUCCACUAUCCAGUUGCAUCUAGACUUGCUGAAAAGAAUGUAUGUUUGCUUAUAGACCAUGAAGGUGCCGCCAAUUCGAAACUUAAUAAAGCGGAUCUUAGUCUCGAAGAUUUGAGUGAAAAUGUCUUUCAGAUUCUUCAGCAGGCAAAUUUAGUACAGAAGAAAAUCAUCUUAGUGGGACAUUCAAUGUCAGGUAUGUUGAUUAACUACAUCAAUAUAUACCACUCAGAUAAAAUCAACAUCGUCGGGAACGUAUUAAUAGCUCCCGUGCAUCCAACUGAACAAGCAGCGGAUGUUUUCAGCAAGAGAAUAGAACUGUUGAAAAAUGAAAUUUCGUUGGAAAGGUUCGCCAACAUAUUUCCAGAACUUGCAACUGGAUCAAAAUGUAGUACUUUGGCCAAGGCAUUCAUUAGACAAUUAUUGCUUAGUCAAAAUGUAGAAGGAUAUUGUGCCAAUUGUAGAGCUAUUGUUAGUGGGGGCAACUAUAAGCUACCUUCCCAAUACAAUAAGAUCACAGCUAGAACGAUGAUCAUUCGUGGAGAAGAAGAUAAAGUAACUCCUUGGAAUGGCUGUAUAGAGAACAUUGCCGGAAGUUUGAAGAAUGUAGAAGUUUUUAGCCUUCCCAACGUAGGACAUUGGAUUGUUCUUGAAGCUCCCGACGAAGUCUAUGAGCAAGUUAGCGUCUUCCUUCGUAAAUAG